AUGGCGUUCUGGUACCAAAGCGGGCCGGAAAACAUCGGAGAGCCGGUCUGGAGCAUGCUGGACAGCAGACGGGCUAUGCAGCUGCAGUCACAGUGGACGGAGGUUAGGGAACGAGAGCACAGGGCCUGGGUGCGCAACAGGCAGCUACUCCAGGACUUCCAGAAGGCCCAGGAAACUCUGAAAGACCUGGCUGCUCAAACUGCAGCCAUGGGCACCAUCCGCGUUGAGUAUGAGAAGCAGCUGGAACAGGAGUUCUCUCGAUGGCAGCAGAGGCUGAAUGAGAAGAGGCUGCAGCGCAAGGAGCAGGCGGAGCUGCAUGUAAAAGAUUUUCUGCUGAGACGAGAGGAGAACAGGAGCGACAUUGACAGCGGGCUUCCUGGGCUAGCCCAUUCUCACUCUCCUGCUGGUCCCUCCUACCUCACCAAUACACCCCUUACUCUGCACACUGACCCAGUAAAGAAGAGCAGAGCCUUGAAAAAUACUACAACAGCCUUCCACGAAGAAGACAGUACCCCACACCUGAUCUGGAAUUCCAUGUCGCAUCCCUCCUGGUUGACACAGGUUGAGCCUCAGACAUCUGCUUCACAAGCUCAGACUCUACAUAACAUCAAGGCCAAUGUUUCCAUGGAGGAUAGGCGUUUUCAGGAACAUUCCAGAGCUGGGUACCCUUUCCAACUCCCCCUGCCUUCUCCUGCGAUCCAGCCCUUUGACCCCCGUUGGCUCCUCCCUCCCAUAGAGCCUCUGUCAAGCUGGUAUGGUUUGUACACUGGAUUCCCAUCUUGA